AUGACGACCACAAAGACUGCGCCUCCACCUAGGCCUCUAGUCACCCCCAGGUCUAGAGACGCCAGUACUCCACGACCUGAAGCGCGAUCAGCAGGUACGGCCGAAAGAGCUGGUAGAAAUGAAAGCCUAGUGGACAUGGUUCGGUUCUUCCAGAGUCAGAAUAUUCCAGCCCAGACCCCGCCUCCAUCUCAGCCUCCAUCUCAGCCCCACUCUCGAGCUCCCUCUCAAACUCCCUCGAGUCCAACUGCACUCCCGGUUCCUAUUUCGCCUGUACCAUCGAGGGCAGAAUCUAAGGCAGAAUCGAAAGCGGAAUCGAAGUCAGAUGCAAAGCAGGAUCCAAAGCCAUUCCAUCGUCGCCUGCUGCAAUUUGCUCAUCGCCAAAAGAAGGAACCAUCCUCCUCCCGGUCGAAGCAAGAAGAGCAACAACGCCAAAUUGAAGCACUAACAAGGGGAGGAUUUAUUAUUCCGGAUCGUUUACCAAUUGAGUCGAAGGAACAAAAGGAAGCAAAGCGAUCAAAAGAAAGCCUGUCACCAUCUAUCUCUCGAACUCUGUCCAAAUCAAAGAAAGAUGUGGAAACCAUUGGACAGCCAUGGCUGCAAGCCAAAGUUGAUGCCAACAGGCGAUCAACUGAGGCAAGACGUCGCUUGGCCUCUUUGGAUCUUGAUGACUUUGGCUCAAUGGUCGACAUCGCGGUUACAUUCGCUUCCGAUUUCGACGAUUCUAUGCCGCCACCGUAUCAGCCAAAUGAGCACGCCUCCUCCGAAUCGUCAUCAGGUAACUCGAUGCUAAGUCCAAGGGCACGUCCCAGUCAAGACAUCACCCGACCGACUUCCUCAAUGGCUUCUACCAGUCAUUCCUAUAGGAAAGCCUCAAUUGAUGAGCAAAUCAGACGGCCAUCUACCUCCGUAGAGCAAAAUACCCAUGCCAGCCCUGUCCCAAGAGUUACCGUCAACGCAUCCUUGAGUGUUAAUGCGACAGAGUCAUCUAGACUGUCUAUUGAUAGCCAGAAGCGAACUCCAUCAGACCAAUCUAGUCUUCGCAAUGCGACACCAUUGUCGCCCACCUUGAAACUUUUCCCCAACGUUGCACCUCCUCGCAAAUCUAGCAUGGGUGCACUUCGAAAUUCAUCAAUUCCUCGGUACCAAAUGAUCGAAAAUACCACAGCAUCUCCCGCAUCUCCGGCAUCCAGCUCACGGACUCGAUCUUCCGACAACGUAUCUGAUGUUCCAGAUGAACCAAAGAAACCAUCGGAUGGUCCAAUAGAUGUUCCGAUUAGCGAGGCAGAGCCACAGUGCUCAGAUGCCCCUGUACCUUGUUCGACACCUCCUGUAGCGGCACCAUCUGUGGAACAAGCCCCUAAGGAUUCUACAUCGCAAGAUGAGACCAAAUCUCGGCGGCGCUCGUUGUCUAUGGGAACGCUGAAGGCAUUCCCUCUCCCGGCGCCUACACGGCCUUUGCCCUCACUGCCCAGAUCUAGAAAAUCCUCGCCGAGUAUUGCAGAGGCCAACGCUCGCUCUAUUCGAGGGAUUGGAUCAAGGUCAUCAUCCUCUACUCUGCCUUCUCCUUCGCCAAAACUUGGCGAAGACCAGCGGACCGAAUCCACUGUGGACAUUUCUUGUGCUGUUGAGUCGCCCCCGGCAUCCACUGUUGGCAGCGUCGCUGGCGGGUCAAUGGCCGACGACGAAGAAAGCUUGUUUACGACUUCGCUCUCGGAACACUACCAGCCAACCCCGGAACAUUGCACUCCGAGGGGCCGUUUUUCAAGCGUGGGCAUCCCUCGAGCGCAAAAACUCCACAAAAGCCCUUCAAGCCAAUUUGAUGCAGAGGGUUCAGAGGGACAGCCUCUGGCCGACUCUCCUGUACUAGGACACACUAUCCCUGAAGAGCCCAAUGACAAACGUACUGUUCCAAAGGUGCUUCAUAUCAAUUCCCAAGUCAAUCGAAAGGAUCUUCCAUUUGGCCUGCCAUCGCCUCCACCCACUGCAUCACUCCCAUCAGCUCCGCCUUCUCACCUCCCACCACCUCCUCCUGGGCGAAAGGUUACCCAACGCAAAUAUACUGCACCAGGGUCCUACCGAGGUUCGACCAUAUCCCGGAGUGACAGCUCAAGGAGCAGCCUUCGACAUGAGAGUUUCCCCGAAACAUACGAAGAAAGUCGCCUUGAAUCUCGCUCUGAGUCUCCACUUCCAUCAUCAGACGAAGAGGUCUUUGGCCCAGGGGUAAACGCCAAACACUCGCACCGGGAGUCCGACAAAUACCAGCGCAUUCAGCCAGUGCGCCGAGGAUAUGAGACAAUGGAUCCACGGCUGGCAUCCAACAGUCGACUUCGUUAUCCUAGUGGUACGCGCCCUAUCACACCCCAAUGCCGCAGCAUCCACAGUCUUGAGAGGACUACAUCCCCUCAAUCACAAUACUCCCAAUCAACACACAGAUCAAGGGAGUCUCAAAGCAGUCAAAACACCCGCGGCCCUCCUCAAAUGGAUCACUACCUCGAGGACCGGGUCGCGAAUCUGGAACGCCAGAACCAAAUUCUACAAGCCGCUCUUAUGGCAGCGCUCAAUGCCGGAGUUAAGAAUCCUCUCGAAUCUCUCAACGUUGACCCGAACAUGUCAUCGGGCUUCUCACACACUCCCUUCUCCCGCCAAUAUUCUGGGCGUCAUACGUCACGACCUGACAGCUGGGUCAGCUCUUCUCGCAGCAGUCAACACAGCGGUUUUGAGCCCUCUAGCUCUCACCGAGAUACGCGGGCAAACGUCAAACAGCUGGACAACAUGAUCGAAGACAUUGAGUCUGGUUGGCUGUCGGACAAGUCCAGUUUCACUGGAGCUCGAAUUUCUCGCAAACGAUAG